ACCAUUUAUUAUAUAUGUAAAACUACUUACAAAAUCGACAGCCAGCUUUGAGCUAAAAUUCAAUUUCAAUUCGAAUAAAAUCCGUACUGUCUUCAUGCGAAUGCGAGAACUUUUGGCUAUGUACCUGCUGAUCCACUUCACCGCCGGCCACAUUGUGAUGAAGAGACACUGCCGCCUGCACAAGCGAAUGGUCAAUCCGCAUGAGCUUUUGAACGAUUUUGCAGCGAUCAAAGGAGCAGCAUCCAGUGGAUGUGCUCAAAAAAACACCGGAAGAUCGGCAGAUCAUGCUGCAGGUUUCUACGAAACUGGAGGAUCAAUGCCAGGUACUGGAACAGGAGCAGAUCCCAAGUCCAAGGCUUCCUCCGACAAGAGCUGUGAGGCCAACACAAAGUGCGACGUAAAGUCGGUCAUCACGCCCGGCGAUCCCAAGCAGAAGUCCUCCAUGAUAGCCAUUAAGGCUGCCCAGGAUGCCAAGGCGGCCAGUGAGGCACAGUCGGCGGCCGGCCAGGCGGCAGCCCAUCACAUCAAGCUGGAGCUUGCGGAGAAGGCCUUCCAGUCGGCCAAGGCCGCCGAGGCUGCUCUGAUGGGCAAACAGAUGAUGGUCGAUCAGCUGGAGCAGGAGGUCCAGGAGGCGGAUGCCGUCGUGGAGGAGGAGACCAACUCCAUCCACCACACGGAGGCCAAUAUGAAUGCCGCCGUGGAUGCGGUGAAAGUGGCCACACAGCAGUUCGAGACCAUCAGUGAGCUGCAGAAGACCGCCAAGGAGGUGCUGGUCAACAUCCAGACGGUGGCCCUGGGAACACAGCAGGAGAUGGCCGCCAAGACGCAGCUCCUCGAGGCCGCCCGCAACCGGAUGGCCCUGCUCCAGAAACAACUGCUGGGCGCCCACGACGACUACGAGAAGACCAAACAGGCGGCCUACAAGGCGGCCUGUGCCGCCGUGGAGGCCAAGCAGAGGGCCGGUCCCGCCUUCUCAUCGUAUUAUAUUUUGUAGAAUUUCAAUAUUUAUUAUGUGGUUUUCAACGAUUCUUUAUUCUUAUACCUUCUAAAAAUAUUAA